UCAAAGAUAAAACUUUCUAAUGGAUCGGGAAACUCGGAAAGCUAAUUUAAGGAAACUCCGGUUGUCCGGAAUUAAACAUGAUGAAUCCAGUACAAGCGGUAGUUUACGGAAAACUAAAUCGACCAACGGAUUGUUAUCAAAGUAUUUUAAAGUACCUAAAGUAAAUGAAGUUAUUCAAGGAAAUGAACCAGAAUCAAAUGAGGUUGUGCAUUUGGAAAACACAUGUUCAAUAAGAGGCUUGAUUAAUACUGAGCAAGAAAAUUUACAAGCAAUAAACCAGCAAAGUGAAACCCAGUUGAAAACAAAUGGAAGAAAACGGACCAGUUUACGAAAAUUUAUUUUGACGGGGGAAACAAACCUGUAUCAAUGUUCCAAAGAUAAUAAUGAAGACAACUUUGAGGUUCCUAUAAAGAAAACUAAGACACGAACUAAUUUGAAACGUAAAAAUAAUUCCCCCCGAAGCAAAAGAUCGCUUUCUAGGGGCCAGCAGAAUAUUAAAACUUUGCUCAUGCGAAAUGAAGUUAUGUUUUCGGAGAUUACGUCUCAACAAUGCAGACUUGAUAAUUUUAGUGCUGAUGAAAUACACCUCGCACUUGCAUUGUCUAAAUCACAAGUGGAAACCCAUGGUUCGUCAAACUUUGCAGAUCAGCGAGUUGAAAAUAACCAAGCAAAUUUGGAAAACGUUCAAAAUAUAUUAGGUCAAUAUGGUUUUCGCCCAUGUGGCUUAGAAGCCUAUAACAGUUUAAGCACCGCAUUAUUGCCUGGUUCAAAUCGGAGAGGUAGAAAUAAAUGGAUCAACAAAUAUACAUCACUAACAUUACGAGAUUCUAAACUACAAGCUAAGAAAGUACAAUCUAAAAUAGACUUUUUAAUGAGCCAAGAAUGGAAGGACAAACAAUUGUUUUUAUCUGAAACUCAUUCAGAACCAUAUGCGUUAUUUAGUUAUAACCUGCAAAAGCUUAAACCAUCCAAAGCAAUUACUAAAGCAUUUGAAAAUGAAGAUAGAAUAAACCUUGAAAGUUUUUAUGUAAAAAAUCUCUUUGACGUCAACCACGUACAAGCCGGCUAUUUGUUAAAAAACUGGCAUGCUAUAGAAGGGCGUGAAUUGUCUCCUCAAAAAGCUAACCAAGGUCAAAACAAAUCAAAUACAUUUGUUAAUCUCAUGAAUCAGUCGUUUAUAAAUUUGGAAGAACACUUCGGAGUGAAAAAAGUUUUAAUUUCCACAUUUCAACCUGAAAAAAGUUCUAUACUUUCCGAUGAUAACUUUCGUGAUCCUACGGGUUCGACAAUUAGAACUGAUAUUGAAAAAUGUAGUGAUCAUAUUCAAGACAACCUCGAAAAUUGCAAUAAUAAUGAAAAUUUUGUGGAAAACAAAACGGAGUGCAUUGAACAUAAACAUGUUUUAUCAGACCACGGCACACCUCUAAUCGAAAAUACCUUCAGCACAGUACAAGAUGAUCAAAACUAUAGUUCAGCUCAAGUUAAUAUAAAGCAAACCUACCUAAGCACCUCACAAAAUCCUUCAGAAAAUCUUGCAAGUAUAUCUAAGGGAACCCGCAGCCAAUCGCCGAAUAUAUUCGCGAGUUCAGAAGACGAAUUAGAAGAAGUUGAUAUUCCAAAAAUGGCAUCUCGUAAUGAAUACGAAACAAAUGUAUACCAAGAAGCUAUUUCAGUCGUAUCGCCUUUGAAUAAUACAGAUACUAGAGAAAAUGAGAACGCCACAAGUCCUAUUUCGAGUAUUAUAGAUUUAACUCAAGAAGAAGAGCAUGUGUCUAUCGAUGGUGAAAGCUUUAAGAUCUUAGUGGACAAUAUUACACCAAAUGCUACAAAUACAAGCAAUUUAGACAACUUAAACAAAUCCGGUUCAAGUUCCGAACUGGCAUUAAGUACUGGGAAAGUGAGUAUUGAUAGAGAGGAUAGUUCUGAAGAUUGCAUAGUUUUGUCAGAUGACGAAAUCAAUUACUCUAUUUGGAGAGCAGAUAUGGAUAGUUUUAGUCAAGCGGCAGCAAAUGGUUUACUCAAUGAGGACCAUGAAUGUGUGGUACCAGAGCCUUGCGAAUUGCACAUUAAUACAUCUAGAUUAGCGAAUCGUUCGGCCGAGCUUCUUGAAUAUGGAAUUUUAGACAAUAUAUCAGAAACAUUUACACAACCUUCUGAGAUUAACAAUAGUCCCACCCAUCAACCCGAAUUAUCGCCAACGUGGCUCGCACCAGUCGGUUUAGAUGGCUUGUUAAAUGGAGAUAUAAGUUUAAAUAACACGAAAGAAGAAAGAAAUACCUUAGAUGUUCAAUCUUACACAAGACCUUUGGAAGUUUCAGCAUAUCCUCCUGAUGAAUAUGAAAUAUCAGGUAGGAUAUAUACCACCCGCAUUGUCACUGAUCCUAAACCGGAGUUUAUGCAUCAAUCAGAAUCAGAAAUAUUGAAACAACUUUAUCAAUAUGGCAUCAAACCUUUAAAACGGAAACAAGCUGUCAAGUUGUUGGAGUUUAUAUAUAAUUCAACACAUCCACUAAUUCUCAAAGAAACUCCCAAUUGUAGUAAACAAAACGAAAACUAUCGCAUUCCUGAACAAUCUAAUAAAGGUCAUUCGAAUCAUAUUAUUCCAUCUACAAAUAAAUUACAGCUAAAGGAUUGUUUUGGCUGUCAAAUACAGCUAUUUAAAAAUGAUUUACAACUCGAUUUGGAUUGUGAGGACUAUAUAUUUCAGACGAAUGUUACUAAGAAGACGUCACGGCCGCUGUUACCUCUUCAUAUCGCCUGGCAUAACCUCGUUUCCUCUAGUAUAAUUUUGAGUGAAACUAUACUCACGUAUCAGCCCAUAGACUUGCAAGAAAUUUACGUAUUUUUGAAGGAAAUCGGAUAUCGUUUCGACCCAAAGGACAUAAAAGCUUUCCUUGACAAGCGCUGCAUAAUUUUUCGCUAUGAUAUGACCCAACCCGAUCGUCAGGCGGAACGCCAUACCCGAAAACAUAAAAAAGCUACUAAAAGAUAGCGAAUUGUUAUGAACUAAAUAUUUUAAUUUUUUUACUUAUGUAUGUGGUUAAUUUUCAAAACUGCCUCACAAUUAUUAAAA